UAUACUCCACCAAGAGGCAAGGAUAAAAUACACAUUCACAAAGCCAUUGAAGAGGUAAGUGACGCAGAUAGCGACGUUGACAAAGACGAACAAGACUACGAUGAAGUUGAUGCUGCAGAAGAAAUAGGCCCAAGAAAAAGCAGACGAUGGCAUUAUCCAAAAUCAAAAAGGAGAAGGGUGUCGAGAAAAUGGUCAACCAAAACAAAGGACUUCCAGGUGAUUGCAAAAACAUGGUAAUUCGCCACUUUAGAAAAUAUAAUAAUUAUCUUUUUGUCCUCCCAGGCGCGGUAAAUUCUCGCGUGUUGCAUGGGAAUUUGAUUUUGUGCUAAACUCGAGACAAUAGGAAAUCACAGAGCAAAAACUUAGCUUGACGUAUGACAACGUUAGACAACUUUAAAAGUUUUCAACGGAACGACAUUUUAGACAUUAUAGAACACUGAUCAAUUGUGGCACUGAAAUUUUUUUAAAGAAAAUCUAUCGACGAAUUUUGGUUCAAUCGCUGCUUUCGUGAAAUGAGUCUUAAAAUUUACGAAAAGAGGUCAGCAUUGAUCUUUUGACUGAUUCACAUGUCAGUCAUGUUUUUUUUUCGUAAUCGCGCAAGUCUACUUGUGUUCAGCCGGUUGUUGAGUGUAUAAAGGUCAUUAGCAAAACGAAUUAAUGAGUGAUAAAAACUUUUCGGAAACCUUCAAAUGGUAGCAAAUUUGUAUGCAUUAAGUCCAGCGUUCAGUUCAAGCAUAAUUGAUACCCUUUUUGUAGAAAUUCAAAGAUAUCUCGAAAUUCCUCUUUGAUUUUUGUGAUACUUCGCACAACAGGAGACAAACACCCAAAGUAUAUGUAGAGUAAAGCACUUCCAAAGAAAAUGCCAAUAAGGGCAGAAAUUCGAUUUAGAGCCAAAACUAUUGUGACAUCAUUGUUAUCAAUAAAACAUGUAUUAUAAUGAUUUUAUAGUAAAGAUCAAAUUGUUUAGGUAUAAGAGAUUCAAAGAUGGAAGGUGUAUCUACAAAAUUACUAAGUUCAGCCAUCUUAACAAAUAGCCAUUAUCCAUACACCUCUCCACACCCUACUGCUGGUAGGGACGGGCAGACUUUUUUUCAAAAAAGGCAUAAGAGCAUAUGAAUCACUUGGGUACAACACAAUACAGAUCAGUUUAUGCAACUUGUAAGGCUGCCUUCAUAAAAAUUGCAAUAUAAUCGAAAUAGGCUUUUUUAGGCUUUUUUUGUCCCUCUAAAAUUUUGGGAUCAAUUUAGGUUUCUGGGAAACUGCCCACCUACCCCUCCCCUAACCCAACAUGCCAUGAGUGAGAAGCAAGUGUUAAUGUCGCCUUAGGGGAGGGGUAGGUGGGCAGUUUCCCAGAAACCUAAAUUGAUCCAAAUUUUGCAUAAGCAUUGUUUUCAAUUUCUUUUGGGACUAACGGUCCCCCCAAUAUUUUGCAAAAUUUUAGAGGGAUAACAAAGUAAAUUAUGGUAUUUUGAAAAAAGGCCUAUUUAUUGCUAGAUUUCCUUUCUGGCUGAAAUUUUCGAAAAGGUAUUACUAAGUUUUGAUCCCAAUAAUUUUCGGAUCACUAGACUUUCAGCUAGAAAAUCCUAACAGGUGAAAAAUUUUAAAAAAUAUGCCUAUAUCUACCGUUUAAAUAUGAAAAUACGUACAACAAUGCUAUGUUAAAGUGGUUUUGAACUAUAUUCACGUUGGGUGCCCCUUAAGUGUGAUAAAACAGACAAAAUGUUGGCCGGAACAUGGAGCUUCAACAUAGCGCGUGGAAAUCUCCCCUUCAGUUAAAAUAAUGGUUUUGCACAGUGGAUCUAAACUUAAAAAAAUGAGGCUAAUGAUGCAGAUACAUUUAUAAUUCAUGAUACUGCAGUGUACUUACAUUUGCGUCUCGACCGCCUUUUAUAAUACGGUUGAAUAUAAGUAAGCUUAUGCUCAUCUUGGCUGAAGUAUUAUUGGUACACUGCCUCCUUUUGUCUCUACACGAUUUUAAUUUUGUGAACAUGUUCUGGGUUUGUAUUUAAAAAUACAAGCCCAGUACAUGUCCACAAAAGCCAGCACUUUUUUUUGCUACAGAUAUGUGAUCAGCCUCUUGAUUUAACUUCAGUGAGUAAAUACCACUAACCCGACCGUCAUCAAAAGUGUCGAGUCCCUGUUUGCCGUGAUAAACGAUUGAAAAGGAAAAUGUCACUCAACAAAUGGCCAAACGGUCUUUGUAGCAAAAAUGGAUUGGAAAUUAAUAGCCUGUGAUCGCGUGUGAUCAUGAAUUUUGAAAUGUGAAUUAUGUAUGUAUCAUGAAAUUUGCCUACAUCACCGGUUUUAUCUCUUUCGAGGUUUGGUUCCAAAAGUACCAUUUCAACUGCUGAGGCGGGCAUUUCCACUACAAGCACUCCUCGUUCUUACAGUUCUGCCACGCUCUUGGCCUUAAAAUCGCCCUUAUUCUUCUGCUUAGUCAUUUUUGAAACUUAAACUUUUCGAGUUUCAAACAGCGAAAGGGAAAUAACAUUUCUAAAUAAACGCGAACUCGUAGUUCGUAUAUAGCACUUUGCACUAAUGACGUCACUAAUUUCUGGUCCCCGCUGUGACUCAGACAUUGAACCUGAUCCAUAUCAGGGGCACCCAACGAGGACGUACUUCAAAACCACUUAAACAUAGCAUUGUUAAACGUAUUUUAGUAUUUAAACGGUAGAUAUAGGCAUAUUUUUAUCCCUUAGAAAUUUUUCAUGUGUUCUGAUUUCGUAGCUGAAAGUUUAGUGAUCCGAAAAUUAUAGGGAUCAAAACUUACCUUUUCGAAGAUUUCAGGUACGAAAACGGCUCCCGAAAAUUCUAGGUGACCUUUUAAGGGUAAAAAUCCGUUAAAAAUGGGCAAUUAUACCAUUAUUUUUAGAUGGUCGAAAAUCCUAGGAGAGGCAGACAAGUAAGAAAUUUUACCACAAAUGUUCCGAAUAUUCUAGAUCGCAAAUCGUCUUCUGAACAGAUAUUUCCGAAAAUUGUCGUUGGGUGCCCCUGCCAUAUAAGAGUUUUGUAUGGGAAAGUCGCGUUCGCCUGCAAAUGUACAUCGUCUUUGAAGAUUUUUAACGUCAAAAGAAACAAAAUCCAGCUUGGUGUCGAUAAAGUAUAUCCUGAAAAUAAUUAACGUUUGCCAAGACAAUGUUAAACAUCGAAAAAACUGUACAGAUGAGUGAUUUUAUUUCUAGCGCGGUGUCAUUAAUGUUACGGCAUUUCACUAAAAAAUGUAUGGAGAGCAGGGCGUUAUAGCUGUUCAUAAAAAGGUGCAUGUGGUUAAAUUAUGAGGCAAAGGGUGCUCAAUUUUUUGUCGAGUGCGAAGGCAACUCUUAUGACGCUACUAAAGGAUAUAAAGUAGUGUAUGGUACCUACCUGGCCGCACGACAAAACAUAACAAACUUAAUACAAUUUCCGGUGUUUGAUAAUAUUGAUGUGCUUUUCAGCUAAGAAAUCCUUCCACAGGCUUGCGAGAAGCACAUACAAACUCGAUUUUCUCUUUAGCAAUUUCGGUUUUGGAGUAUUACAAAGUGUUUUGUCAUGUUUCAGUGCUCGAACUGACUAGGACAGAGUUACCGAUACGAUGUUAGUAGCGUUCAUUGACCAGGUCGCUUUAUUUUCCGAUUUUAACCGUCUAUUUGAGUUACUUGGACCAGGUUUUGCUCCCUAUAGCGGUAAUGCCUUUUAUAUAUUAGAAUAAAGCUCAAAAAACGCAUGGUGCCCAUACAAAACCUUGAGUAGAAUGAAAGUUGAGUCACGCGGGGGGGUCCAAGGUGACAAAACCUAUUUUUAGUAAGAGUGCAAAGCGCUUUUGUACGGCAUGUGGCAGAGAGUGGAUGUCCGAACUUUAGCAAUAAAAGGGGGUGGUAGGCCUACACGACUUUUACCUCAUGCCAAAAUGCUGCUUAUUCCAAUAAAGUUGUUUUUAUCUGCUGGGUAGAUUAUGCUCUGGAAGGUUCUGCAUUUAUACCGAGCAAAUGUGAUUUUAGCCGCAUGUUUCACACUGAAGAGGUCAUGACAUACAUAUCGGUUGACUGUAGUUAUUGUUUUCUGGUCGGCAGGAUUUGCCCUCUGAUGCAAGCGCAUUUUCUUUGACCUCUUUUGAAGCGUAAAGCUUUUUUAUUACGGCUGAAGAAGGGUUCCAAUUUUCUCCAAAUUGCCUUCUGGAUCUGAAUAACUAAGCGAUUUUCUUUAGUCCGUGAGUGUAAUGUUUUUCUGCAAUGCUGUAUCACGCUGGGCCCUGAGCUCGUCAGUUUUCUUUGCAGAAUGUUAAAUUAUCACAGAUAGUGACUUACAGAUCCAAUAUUAUAAGAGUGAACUGCAGCUUAAACUGAAGCUACAUAAACUUAAUAUGGAGAAUUGAAUUGUGACUCAGUAAACUCCAGCUUUAAGUGUUUUUCUAAAGAUAGUGUGAGUCUUUUGACUGGAGCGCGUAGUUCCUCCCUUAGUAGUAGCUUUGAAUAAGCUUAACAGUCUUUAAACUGUUUUGUUAUUGCCACAGUUUGUGAUCAGGCAAGACCUUGGUUUCGGUUCUCCACAGAAAACAAUAACUACAGUCAACCGAUAUGUAUGUCAUGACCUCUCAGUGUGAAACAUGCGGCUAAAAUCACAUUUGCUCAGUAUAAAUGCAGAACCUUCCAGAGCAUAAUCUACCCAGCAGAUAAAAACAACUUUAUUGGAAUAAGCAGCAUUUUGGCAUGAGGUAAAAGUCGUGUAGGCCUUCCAACCCCCUUUUAUUGCUAUGAUUUGUUUACGGGUAGGCCCCGUUUUACUUUAUGAAAAUCAACACAGGCACUAAUAAGAACCAAGCACAGAGUAGAAAGUUCAACAUUGCACACCUAACAAGGAACGUAUCCACUCCAGUUUUUAGAGGGAGUGUACGGAAACUCUGUGUGCACUUAUUUACAAGAGUCCUCGAACUCUUCCAUAAAACAAAAUGCUUAAAUUUUCACGAAAUGCUAUCCAAGAAAACACACCACUAGCUGGAAGCAGAAGAGGAUCGAAAUACACACUCUGUAAUUGGUUACGUUCAGAAACCAAUAGGAAAACAAGAAUUUCGAUCCGCCACGUGGGUAUUUAUGUUCCAGUUCAAAGCUCAAUAGACAGAACGGCUGUACCGUUCUCGCCACAAGAAAGUACAACUAAAGUUGCUCUUGCAAAAGCAACUAAGCACAAAGCCAACCCGGCAACUGAUGAGGUUCGUGUGGAGAACCGAAACCAUGGUCUUGCCUGAUCACAAACUGUGGCAAUAACAAAACAGCUCAAAGACUGUUAAGCUUAUUUAAAGCUAUUACCAAGGGAGGAACUACGCGCUCCAGUCAAAAGACUCACACUAUCUUUAGAAAAACACUGAGCUGGAGUUUACUGAGUCACAAUUCAAUUCUCCAUAGUAAGUUUAUGUGGCUUCAGUUUAAGCUGCCGUUCACUAUUAUAAUAUUGGAUCUGUAAGUCACUAUCCGUGAUAAUUUAACAUUCUCCAAAGAAAACUGACGAACUGGGCCCAGCAUGAUACAGUAUUGCAGAAAAACAUUACACUCACGGACUAAAGAAAAUCGCUUAGUUAUUGAGAUCCAGAAGGCACUUUGGAGAAAAUUGGAACCCUUAUUCCUGUUAUUCAGGCGUAAUAAAAAAGCUUUACGCUUCAAAAGAGGUCAAAGAAAAUGCGCUUGCAUCAGAGGGCAAAUCCUGCCGACCAGAAAACAAUAACUACAGUAAUGACCUCUCAGUGUGAAACAUGCGGCUAAAAUCACAUUUGCUCAGUAUAAAUGCAGAACCUUCCAGAGCAUAAUCUACCCAGCAGAUAAAAACAACUUUAUUGGAAUAAGCAGCAUUUUGACAUGAGGUAAAAGUCGUGUAGGCCUACCACCCCCUUUUAUUGCUUUAAUUGUUUACAACAAAGGUCAUCAAAAGUCAGGUGAAACUACCCGUGAAAUCUGACGCUCAGAAGAUGAAUUUUGUGCUCUGAGAUUUCCUAUUAGACAGUGCUCGUAUUUCUCUCAUGUUGUUUAUUGCCAAAUGUGUUUACUAGAGCCCUAAAAUCUACAGUGUAACUCUCAUUGUUCCCAUUUUACCUGGAAGGUUCUAAUUCGGAUCAUAGAAGGUCGCUGUUUACCUGGAAAGGACAUUCACCCCCUUGUGCGAGUCACAGUGGCAGGUCAGCGGCGAGAAACAAGCGUCCAACCUUCUACUAACAGCCCAUCCUAUAACGAGGUGCAGUGAUCCAAAAAAGAAACAUAUGUAUACAUAUAUAUAUCUGUUCAGUGUUCGCUCAUUUCAGUCACGAUAAGCACCUCUUUGAUAAUGCAGGAUAAUUAUUAUGUUAAUCAUUCAUUCAAAAUACUUCACCACCGUUUCUGAUUGGCUCAAAGCUCCGGCUAAUUCUUCAUAACCAACCGGCGUUGACCAAAUUUGGACGAUGCAAGUAAUAUACCAUCAAUUCGAUGGUAUAUUGACUUAGAAAAGAAGCUGACCUAUGGUAUAUUGAUUUGGAAACAGGGUUGCAUAUGAGCGAUAGACCAUCGAUCAACCUCGUUUCCAGGCGCGGCGGCCCAGUUGUUUAUACACCAAUGAACUAUAAAGAAAAUGGCGUUCAAACGGCUAUCCGAAGACGAAAUUGCUUAAUUUCUCAGUAAAACUGAUUGGAAAGAAACUAAGGAUACGCAAAACAUAUUGCUUGAUGGAUGUUAUCACGUUUUUGAGGAGUAUCAGCAAGAACACCAACAACACAAAAAGCCUGUGUUUGUAACCUGACACUGUGCAAAAAAAAAAGGAGGCCAAAGAUUAGAAGAAAGUCUAGAAAGACUACGAGGUAAGCUUGUCAAAAACGUAAAAAUAUUUUGAAUAAAUAAUUAACAAUUAUUGAAUGAGGCUGAGUAUCAUAUGAAGAAUUAGGGAGAUCAAGGGGGGUGCUCGGAGAUCUCCAAAAUUCUUCAGAUGAUGCGAAAGCCGAAUUAAAUUGUUCUAUUACUCAUUCAAAAUAAUUCCUAGUUUAAAAACAAGCUAAAGCAUGCUUACUUCCAACGGUGUUAAAUUCAUCUUCGAUAGUGCAUAUUAGAGCAAGGUGCCCAAAAAUGUGUGACCGCCGUUAAUUUAUCACAUUCUUUCGUGUAGAUUUAAUCCAAUCAGUAGCCAGCUGGAAACUAUCCUCGACUUCUGAUUGGUUAAUGCCUGCAUGAAAGAAGGAGUGAAUUAAUUCAAGGGGGUCGCUCCUUCCUGUAAUCGGCAAGUUUAGAUGAGAUAAUAAAAGGGUUAUACAGCUCCGCAAAUAUUUUCCAAACAGCAGAUGUUGUCCGUCGAGUAGUCUUCUCGCUGUUCUUGUUAUGUUUUUAGCCAAUAGUUCUUUCUCGUGAAACGAGUAAAAUAUUCCGCCAUUUGUGUACUCACUAUGCCAAAUUAACUCGACCUCGUCCCCGGGUCUUCUGGGUUAACGGUACAAUUAUCUGGCAAUCUUGCUGCACUAUUGACGUCAUCAGUUCACAUAUCGCAAAAUUCUUCCAAAUUUGGUCGACAAUAGCUGGUUAUGAUGAAUUAUGUGUGGGAUUUUAGCCAAUCAGAAACGGAGAAAUAUUUCGACUUCGUCCCUCCACAUUUUAUCCUGUAUUUGUGAACGAAUUUGAUAAAGAAACGAAGUCUUUAUCUUAUUAAAGACUAGGAUUUCAGUCAGUUUAGUGAAAAUUUCAGCGCAAAUCAUAGUUUAAAAGACACAAAUCGAUCAGCAGGGAGUUGAGAAAAUAGUAAUAACAAACAUAGCGUCACACUGGCGAGCGAAAACUUACAGCGCUCUUAGUUUUGGUGGAAUAAACCUUUUAAACUUACAUGGUACAUUUGCAGUUUUAUUUCCACUUUCAACACUUUUGUCAAGUGCUAUUGUUUAAGUGGGUCAGUUACACCGAAAAAAAGUGGCUGUAAUAACGAGGUGACUGCAGUAUCACCAAGGUGGCCGUAAGGCGGGAUUUCACUGUGUAACAUUCAGAUUCUCUAUCUACCAUUAGCUGAAAUAGUUAUUUUUGAUACAACAGGACUUGCAGUUUUACUUCCGUGAAACUUCCGAAACAGAGUUAUUUGACAAA